AUGACCUCGGCUAUCCCAUCUGACUGCGUCUGCUCUGAUUCCCACCUGGUACCUGACCUUGGCUUGAACCGACUACCCAGUAAACAUCUAAAUCCUGGAAGGGCUUGCAUACCACGCACAGGCGUCUCCUGUCUUCAGACCUAUCUCCAUGCACCAGUGGUGCUUCUGAGUGUACCACCAAUCAGCACUCCUACAGGCGACCUGUUCAACUUUGGGCCUGACUCCCGCUGUCCCACUCUCCAUUGGCCUCCAUCUCCAGUAAAUGCAUGCAAAUCUUCCAUGAAAAACAGCUCCAAAAAAUCAAGGGGAGUAGUUAAAUCUGCUGAUUCCAUCUGA